GACCGGACCGCUUUGGACCGAUUUAAGAAUUUUUUUAAAAAGAAUACUAAAUUUUUUAUAAAGUUUAGGAAAGCACAAAAAAGUAUUGGAAAAACUAUAUUGUAACAUCAUUUUUACGUCUUUUUUUAUAUGUUUAGUGCAAAAAAGCUUAUAAAUUUAAAGUUUUCUAAGCUUAUUAAGGAUAACCAUUAUUUAAGGUUUCACACAUAUUUUUAAUAAAAAAAUCAAUCCGGUUCAAAACCGGUUUUUAAAGGGUUUUAAACCGGACCGGAUAAAUGAAUUUCAAGACCCGAAGACCGGACCGAUUAAUUCUGUCCAGGGUGGUCCGGUCCAUUUUUUCAGUCCGGAUUUAUGAACCCCUACAAGACAUGUAAUUAAUCCGCCGAGCGGUCGAGAUAAUGCUAAAGAAGUUGUGUUAAAAUAAUCAAAAUAAAAAAACUCUAAAAGUUGCAAACUUGAACUCGUUUUCUUCGCCCAAGCUUUGUAUUUAGUGUAAAAUACAAAUACUACCGAUUACCGAGUAGGAGUAUUUCCUGUAAAUAAGUACGAAAGGUCUAAAUAGGUGGCUAGUUUUUAUAUAUACUCGUAACACUUUACACUUUACUAGUCACCAAACCUUAAACCCUCCUUAAAAACAGAGAAAAAAUAAGUUAUCCAAAAACCUUGAUAUUGUGAUUUGUGAAAAAAAAAAAAAAAAAAAUGGAGUUGAAAAUCAUCUUCCUUCCAUUCCCAACACCAGGGCAUAUACUUCCAAUGGCAGACCUUGCCAAAACUUUAGCUUCUCAUGGUGUUGAAUGCAUCAUCAUCACCACCCCUGCUAAUGCUCCUCUUUUCCAAACCUCAGACAACAACCUGCCUAUCACAAUCCAUGCCCUUCCUUUUCCGGCAGCCGAUGUCGGUCUCCCUCCCGGCAUCGAAAACUUCAGCAAGAUCGCUUCUGAUGAUAUGAGAAGCAAAAUAUUCACCGGCAUUCACAUGCUUGGUAGUGCAACUCAAGACUUGAUCAGAGAUUUACUGCCUUUAGAUUGCAUUGUUUCUGAUAUGUUUUACCCUUGGACCUCAGAUUUCGCUGCUGAAAUCGGGGUGCCAAGGGUGUUCCAGUUGACUAGCAGCAUUUUCUCUUCGUGCUGUGGUCUCUGUGUUAAGUUCAAUGCACCACAUGAACAAGUUGAAAAUGAUGAUGAUUUCGUGACGCUGCCUUCACUGCCUCACAAAAUAGAGAUGAGGAAAUCUCAAAUCCCUUUAUGGGUUCGGAUCCCAAACAGAUUUACCUACUUGAUGAAUGUUAUCCGAGAGGCCGAGCUCAAGAGCACUUGGGUGUUGGCUAACACCUUUGGUGAAGCAGAAAAAGAGUAUGAAGAAUGCUACAACAAACUCACUGGGAUCAAGGUAUUGAACAUUGGCCCGCUUUUCUUCUGCAAUAAGAAGGAAGAUGACAAGGCUUCCUCGGCUGAGCUUGAUUGUUGGAAGACUUGCCUCGAUUGGCUAGACCAAAAGAAACCAAGGUCAGUGUUGUAUAUCAGUUUUGGUAGCCUGACCUUAUUUCCUGAUGAACAGCUUCAUGAAAUCGCGGCCGGGCUCGAAGCAUCAGGCCAUGACUUCAUUUGGGCUGUUAAGCAAAAGAAAGCAGAGAAAACAGAGGAGAGUAAUGAAGAUGAGCAGUGGUCAGUUGAUGAGUUCAGGAAGAAAAUGGAAGCAAGUAACAAGGGGUUGAUCAUACAAGGUUGGGCACCACAAAAGUUGAUAUUACAACACCAAGCUAUUGGGGGGAUGGUAACACAUUGUGGGUGGAACACUUUACUAGAAGGGGUUUCUAUUGCUGGUGUACCAAUCAUAACUUGGCCGCAAUUCGCCGAGCAAUUCUACAAUGAGAGGUUGGUGGUGGAUGUGCUGAAGAUCGGUGUUGCUGUAGGGGUGACUCAGUGGUGCAAUCUAGAAGACACUGGAAAGGAGUUUGUAAGCAGAGAGAAAGUGGAGACGGCUGUUCGAGCUGUGAUGGACAGUAGCGAGAUCGCAGCGGAGAUGAGGCAACGAGCAAAGAAGCUUAGCGAAACAUCUAAAGGAGCUGUCAAGAAUGGUGGUUCGUCUCAGGCUAACUUACUGGCCUUCCUCGAUGAGUUGAAAACGAGACGUUCCAAGGCAGUGUAAUUGCUGUCUAAUCACUUCCUCCGUCACCCCCAUUCGUAGUCGUUUUGUGAGAGAUUAUCACUCAAAUGGGGUUAGUGAUAUGAGAUUGGUAAAGGCCUUGUUUGGCAAUUGGCUGUUGGCGGUUGGCUUGUUUGACCAGCUGGUAUGUUUGGCUGUUUAUAAUGGCUUUUGAAAUUGGCUGUUAAAACUGGAUGUUUAUAAAAGU